AUGACUUCAAUACUCCCUGCAUAUCAUAUUGCAAUACCAAGGCAAAAGAAAACAAUUCAAAAAAUUGGAGCCUUGUUCUUGUUAUUAGUUACAGCAGUUUUACUAAGUGUUGGUCAAAGCUCUAACAAAAGUUCUACUAGUGCUAAUGUUGAUCGAGUUUUAAUCAAUGGAAUAGUUCAUGUACUAAUUGCUUCAGUGCUAUCUGGAAUAGCUUCUUCCCUGUGCCAAUGGGCUUCUCAUGUUAAGAAACACUCAUCAUACUUAAUGACUAUAGAAAUAUCAAUUGAUGGAAGUACAUGCUUGCUUGCCAGUACCUUGAAAUCUCCAGACGGGGAAGCUAUAAGACGUCAUGGAUUCUUUUCAUGGUUGGACUCCUCUAACUUGGAUCCCAAUAAUUUUGAAUUCCCUUGGUGGAAUUCUUGUUGGUUUAGUUACAAGGCAUGCUGGAGGUGUUCGAAAGGGAUUGGUCAUUGUCUCAGCUUUACUCGUUACAGCAUUGCUACAAUUCAUUUUUGA